CACUUUAAAAAUUGAUCACAUUCAUUCGUCAACCGCAAAAAGAACCAAAUUUCAAUCGAGAACGGCUUUUGUGUAUAUUAUGCCGAUGGUUUCAAAUUGGUCGCGGAUAAUUCCCACUUGAAUGGUGGAUAAUUUCAUGAUCAGACUACUGUGGCAACAUUGGAUUUGGCUUGAGGUUAUUGUAAAAGUCUGAAAAAGCGUUCUAUAAUAGUUAUUCCGUGUAAUACUUUUGAAAUUAAGAAUCGGGUAAGAUAUUCAAGAAGACUACAAACUACAAAAUGGCUCUGAAUCUACAAUACGAAGCUAUAGGAAAAAGUUUCGUACAGCAAUAUUAUGCUUUAUUUGAUGAUCCAACUCAGAGGCCUAAUUUGGUAAACAUGUAUAAUGUCGAACUAUCAUUCAUGACUUUCGAAGGUACGCAGCUACAAGGAUCUGUGAAAAUAAUGGAAAAACUAAAUGCUCUAACUUUCCAAAAAAUCAAUAGGAUAAUAACUGAGAUAGACUCCCAACCAAUGUUUGAUGGUGGGGUGAUAAUUAAUGUAUUAGGAAGAUUACAGACUGAUGAAGAUCUUCCGCAUGCCUACGUGCAAACAUUUGUUUUGAAACCAAUAGAAGGAAGUUUUUUUGUUCAACAUGAUAUCUUCAGGCUUGUUCUCCAUGAUACCAUUUAACCGGGAAUUUGUUGCAGCCGACGACGAUCCUCCACAUGCGUUUUCCCAAAUAUUUGUUUUAAAACCACUAGGAGCCUCAUUUUUUAUUCAGCAUGACAUUUUCAGAUUGGGAAUUCACGAUUCAGCUUGAUUUAUAAUGUAUAAGAACAUUUUUUAUAUUUGUGAAUGCAAAAUUACUUUACAUCUCUUCUCUAAGUUGGUAAUCAUUUAGUGCUUAUAUUCUAUUCAACCCAUUACAAUAAUUAUUAAAACUUAUUUUCCAAA